GCACACGUGUGCGAGUCCACUCCAUAUGGCGGCGCUCCUGAAGAGGCUGCUGCGGAGCGGGAGGUCCUCGGCUGCCUUGGGUCGCCCCGUGGGACGGCGCGAGGCCAGCCUGGGCACUGGUCAGGGGGCUGCGGUGCGAGUGAGGUUCGCCCCCAGUCCCACAGGCUUCUUGCACCUUGGUGGCCUCCGCACUGCCCUGUACAAUUACAUCUUUGCCAAGAAGCACCAGGGGAGCUUCAUCCUGAGGCUAGAGGACACAGAUCAGACCCGCCUUGUGCCUGGGGCAGCAGAGAAUAUUGAAGACAUGCUGGAGUGGGCAGGCAUCCCACCUGAUGAGAGCCCCCGCCGGGGAGGUCCUGCUGGACCCUACCAGCAGUCUCAGCGACUGGAGCUAUAUGCCCAGGCCGCAGAAGCACUGUUGAAGGCUGGAGCUGCCUACCCUUGUUUCUGCUCAUCUCAGCGGCUGGAACUUCUGAAGAAGGAGGCUCUGAGGAACCACCAGACGCCCCGGUAUGACAAUCGGUGCCGGAACCUGAGCCAGGAGCAGGUAGCCGAGAAGCUGGCCAAGGACCCCAAGCCUGCUAUUCGCUUCCGCCUGAAGGAUGAGGCACCAGCCUUCCAGGACCUGGUGUAUGGCUGGAAUCGGCAUGAGGUGGCCAGCGUGGAGGGAGACCCUGUCAUCCUGAAGAGUGAUGGCUUCCCCACGUACCACCUGGCCUGUGUGGUGGACGACCACCACAUGGGCAUUAGCCACGUGCUGCGGGGCUCUGAGUGGCUCAUCUCCACUGCUAAGCACCUGCUCCUCUACCAGGCCAUGGGCUGGCAGCCGCCUCACUUUGCUCACCUGCCCUUGCUCCUCAACAGGGAUGGCAGCAAGCUGUCCAAGAGGCAGGGGGACAUUUUCCUGGAGCACUUCGCUGCAGCUGGCUUCCUGCCUGAUGCCUUGCUCGACAUCAUCACCAACUGUGGCUCUGGCUUUGCAGAGAACCAGAUGGGCAGGACCCUGCCGGAGCUGAUACCACAAUUCAACUUGACCCGCAUCACCUGCCACUCAGCCCUGCUGGAUCUGGAGAAGCUCCCAGAAUUCAACAGGCUGCACCUCCAGCGACUGGUGAGCAGUGAGACCCAGAGGCGCCAGCUGGUGAGGAAGCUGCAGACCCUGAUUGAGGAGGCCUUCGGCAGCCAGCUGCAAGACAAGGAUGUCCUCGACCCAGCCUAUAUGGAGAGGAUCCUCCUGCUGAGACAGGGUCACAUUUGCCGCCUGCAGGACUUGGUCUCCCCAGGGUACUCCUACCUGUGGACACGCCCGGCCGUGGGGCGAGUGCAGCUGAGUGCCAUCUCAGAGAAAGUAGAUGUGAUUGCCAAGCGCGUGCUGGGGCUCUUAGAAAGAUCUGGUACAAACUUAACUCAGGAUGUGCUGAGUGGUGAAUUGAAGAAGCUCUCGGAUGGUCUGGAGGGCACCAAGUACAGUAAUGUGAUGAAACUCAUCCGAGUGGCUCUCAGUGGACAGCAGCAAGGACCUCCUGUAGCUGAGAUGAUGGUGUCCUUGGGACCAAAGGAAGUGCGGGAACGAAUCCAGAAGGUGCUUUCCGGCUAGGGAGAGGAUGUGCAGGACAGUGGAGGUGGCCCUAGGAACCUGUGCUCUGGGCAACUGCCUUCAGACGAGAGAAGAAGUAGGUCUGGCACCCAUCGGGAAGCUCGCAGAAGGAAAAAAGAGUGGAAACACAACCUCUGGCUGUGGACAGUAUAUUCUUGGUUCCACAGCAAGGAAUCAGUUGGCCAGGGAAGCCCAGCCCACCUCACCUCAUUGACUAUGUAAAGG